UGUCAGUGGUGACUCAUGGAGCUGGUAAAUGAAAGGGACAGGCUGGCUGAAAGUCCCUCCGAGGGGGACAUCUGGCCCAGAUAUUCUUGGAGAUACUCAAAGUCUAGGCCAUCUGAUCCAUUUGGGAACAUAAAAGACAACCAAAUCACAUCAUGGAUCACCCAGCCAUUUCUUUGGAAAUUUGCUUAUGAUUCGCCGGAUAACUACUCCUUUGGAACAUGUCAACAGAGGAAGCUCUUUCCUCAAUACUACCCCCCAAACUUGUUGGGGAACAAGUUUAUCCCUCUUCGAGGAGCGCCCCACAGAGGGCCUGGAUGUUACAUAGCAGAAGAUAUGUAUGGAUUGGCAUACAACCUCUCUAGGAUCCCAACCAGUAGAAAAGGAUAUACUUUUGGCGCCAGGACAGCUGUGAGGUUUAAGUCAAUCAACAAGGACACGAUGCUUUACCCUGGCAUGUACCAGACUGCACAUCCUCGGGAGCAAAAACACAAACAAAAUUUUGCUCCAUUUAAUACCUUCUUGCCUCGAUUUAGGACAGACUCAAAGGACACUUAUUAUCCUGGCCCUGGCACAUACAACCCAGAGAUGAAGCCCCCCAAAAAAAUCACCUGGCCAAUGAAAUUUGGAUCUCCAGACUGGGCUCAGGUUCCAUGCCUACAGAAAAGAACCCUAAGAACUGAGCUGUCCACUGACAAGGACUUCAGAAAGCACCGGAACCGCGUGGCCUACCUAAGCCUGUUUUACAACUGAAGAGCUGUGACUGCCUUCACGAGGUCCUCCUGACCACAGAUCCAGGACUGAGGACAGAGUCGCUCUUCCCCCUGCACUGCUGUGCUCUCUCCUCUGCCAGCAUGGGGCCCGGGGAGGGAGAGGGCUCAUAACUACCAUGUGAGAGGAAAAAGACCGCUGCAGA